AUAAUUUUUAUUUAACAUGACUAAUUCUGUUGCUUUAGCGGUCGGUAAUAGGUGUCAAAAAAACGCUAAUAGGAACACACCCCAUGCAUUGGAUCGGUAAUAGGGACAUGGCUCUUCCCAUCAAUUUUUAUUUUUUUAAGUCUAUUUUUGCUAGUUGUCCCUUUAUUGCAUUAAAAAAGAGUUAUCUUCGGAAUCGUCAAAAAAAAGAUAAAGCCAGUGAUUGAACAACUGCUUAUUUUUUGCCUAUCAAUCUGAACCUAGCUUAAUCUGGUGGUAAUGGGUGCGUUUACGUUAACUCAUAAGCUAUAUGUUUGUAGUUUAUUUCUCAUUUAAAUCAAAUUAUUUUUCGUACGUUUCCCAAGGGAAACCUAAUUUACGUAAGAAUGCAAUAAACAAAAUUUAACAACGCGUAGUCUUCUUACGUCUGUGAUUUUGUAAAAGUAAAUGACGUAUUAUUGUUGUAAAUAAUAGCGAUGUAGGUCAAUGUUUCCCUUGGCGCGUUGUCCCGAUUUAUUGAAAUCACGUCACAAUACAGGAAACUGUGAAGAAACAGUUAAAUAAUAUAUAAAGGCAAAUAUUAAAUAAUUAAUCGUUCAGUAUUAAAAAGACUUCAAUACGAGCAGCACCAAUUUAUGAAAUAGUUAUAUAAGUGCUUAUUUUCUAUAGAAAAAAGUUGUUGUAAUGUCCAAAAUGGCCGCUUGUUUUUGUUGUUUCAUUGUAAUGAUCGCGUUGUACAUUAACGGAGUGACCGGCAGCUGGUUCGCGAACGACUCUGCUGUUAAUAUCGAUGAAGACGUACUAGAUAUUCAAAGUGAAACAAUAGCAAGGAAGAAGUUCGACUUCAUCUUUCCUGGUACAAAAUGGUGCGGUAAAGGGGACAUAGCGAAGAACUACGAGGACCUGGGCUCAGCGCGCGAGACUGACAUGUGCUGUCGGGAGCACGACCACUGCACUGACCUCAUACUCGCCGGGGAGACCAAGCACGGCCUCACCAACGACGCCUUCUACACCAGGUUGAACUGUAAAUGUGACGAGGCAUUCCGGCUGUGUCUGAACAAAGCUAACACGAAGACGUCGCGCAGAAUCGGCAAGAUAUACUUCAACGCGCUCGGCACCAAGUGCUACAGACGAGACUACCCUGUCGUAGGCUGCAACACUUACGGAGGAUUGUUCAAAAAGAAAUGUUUGGAGUACGAUUACGAUACGAGGAGCGAACAGAUCUACCAGUGGUUCGACGUCAGGAACUACGCCAACUGAUGAUCUGGACACACUGAACACCUUCCCGGAUGCAGCCCAUAGUUAUUAUAAUAUUAAUGUGAUACCAUUGUUCCUAUAGUCUGUAAUUUAUUUAAGAGUUGUAGUAGUACGU